UAUACACUGAUAAAACCCUCAAGUUACCUGUGGGCAAUGGCUUCUUAAAACACACACAGAGUUGUGAAACCAAACAAAGCAGCGCCCCUCUAUUUAUUUUUCCCAACUCUCUCUCUCCUUUGUCUCUUUUCUAAUCUCUCCCGUGAAUCUCCUCCCCUAUAUAUUUACAUGCACACAUAAUUUAUCACCUACAUAUCUUUUACAAUGGCCACGGAGCCACACACCUCGGCCUUUUCGUGUCCUUCGGGUUCGGGUUCGGGUUCGAGUUUGAGUUCUGACAAGAAGAGGAAGAGACAGAAGGACUGUGGGACCCAACAUCCGAAUUACAUAGGAGUCCGAAAACGUAGCUGGGGCAAAUGGGUAUCCGAGAUUCGGGAGCCACGUAAGAAGUCACGCAUAUGGCUCGGGACUUAUAACACGGCCGAGAUGGCGGCUCGGGCUCAUGACGUCGCGGCCUUGACAAUCAAAGGCGACUCGGCGAUUCUUAACUUCCCGCAACUCGCUGAGUUGCUGCCUCGGGCCGAGUCAGGCUCGCCGCGUGACGUCCAGGCCGCGGCGGCCAAGGCGGCCGCUAUGGACUCGUCCGAGUUGUCUCCCGCAUUGUCUGGUAACGAGUCGAGUGUGAACGCGAGUACGAACUCGGACGAGUUGGGCGAGAUUAUUGAGUUACCGAGUUUGGAGGGGUGUUUUGACUCGGGCUCGUCGAUGGACGAGUUGGUGCUGGUUGACUCGGACGAUUUGUGGCUUUACACGCCCUGGUGGGUGCUGGAAAAUGAGUUGGAUGUUCAGUAUUCGCAACAGGGUAUGAUCUAGAGGCUAUGAGAUUCGGUGAUACUAUUAAAUAUUUAAAUAUUAUUGAUUAUUAUUUUUCGAUUUGAUUUAGGUAGCUUUUGUAUUAUAGUACUGAUAUUUCCUCUAAUAAUGUGACUAUAAUUCCAUUUGA